GCUGCUCGAGAGCGCCUAAAAACGCUAGGAGCUGUCUCCGUUACGCGAGGUGCUGAAAGUGCCACUCGCCGCAUCAUGUGGUCGGUCUUCUUUGUCUUUCUGUCUUAUCUGGACAGAAACUUCGUAAAGGGCGACUUCCUGAGCCGCGCUUUGGACGCAGAGAAGGAGAGCAAAGACAUGUUCUCCAUGCUCAAUGGCACCUUUUGCGCAAAAAUGUCAACCGUCAGGGAGAAUUUCCUCUACCAGGUGUCAGACGGAGCCGAGGCGGUGCGCUCCGUUGUCAGUCCCGCCGGGAAGCUUGUGACCUGCUCUGUCGUUGUGAACCAGAUGCUGGUGAAAUCGUUCAUGCACGAGUGCAGGUUGGGACUGACAAGGCAGAGAGCCGGGCGGCAACUGGAGACGCGUUUUUCACGCAUGGAUGAAGCUAAACUGAUGUGCCGGGAUUUUAAAGAACGGUCGGAACGCAGAGGCAGGGUGAAGCGUCGCAGCGAUGACCCCGCGAUGAAAGAAAAGGUUUUAAAAAGAUCCAAGAGAGGCUUUACUUAUCCUGGGACCCUGUGGUGUGGAGCUGGAAACAUGGCUGAUCAUUAUGACCAGCUCGGAGAGUUUGCACAGACCGACAGCUGCUGCCGUAUUCAUGACCACUGCCCUCAUGUCAUCCACGCCUUCUCCUCAAAGUAUGGCCACACUAAUUUCAAGUGGCACUCCAUCUGCCAUUGUGACUGUGAUACUGCGUUGAAAGAUUGUCUGAGGAAAGUCAAUGACACAUCUUCCAGGGUAGUUGGUCAGGCUUUCUUCAAUGUCAUCGGUGUGCCUUGCUUUGAGUUUGCCUAUGAAGAACAAUGUGCAGAGCGGCACUGGUACGGCAUGUGUAAACGAUAUGAGAAGCUGCCCGUUGCUGUGCUGAAAGAGGCGGUCCCGUAUGACUUUGGCGGUAUUGAUGUCAUUGAUGAGCUGACAGUAGCUCCUCCCAAGAAGGAGUCCAAGAAAAGCGAGGAAGAAAAAACAGAGAGUACAGCACAGUCUCCAAUAUCAGGCCCUGAAGAGCCUUCCCUCAGAAACGUUGUCACUGCUGCUGAGGACUUCAUCAAGGUCCUUGCUACUGUCUCCACCUCUCAAAGCUCCACCACCGACUCUGAUAAAGGGGAGUCGCAAAGCUCAGAGAAGAAGAAGAGGAAGAACACAGGGAAGAAGAAGAAAACCACCAAAAAGCAGAAAGGAAAAGGAAAGGGAAAGGGGAGGAAGAGAAAGCAGAAAGCAGAGGCUGUUAAAAUAGAGGAAGGAGCAGUUGUUUCAACAUCUGGCUGCAAAGCAGAAGAAGCCAUUGCUUUAAGUAACUUCAUCUGUGAGGCACGCACACAUGACCAGUCAAGUAGAAACGCAAACAGAGUCAGUGACAGUGAACAUGUGCUCUGGGUAAAAGAAGAGUCCUCCAAUGAAGUCAUGAAAGAUGAACCAGCGAUGGAUAAGGAGACUGUUUCCAUUACAUCAUCUACGAUAAUCCAGAAGAUACCGGCAGAGUCGGACAGAGAUAAGAUGACCACAGAAGAAAUCACCCUUUCUACGCCAACAACAGUGGCAACUGUUCCACAGAAAGCAAACACCAGAAGGCUAAGAAAAGGGAGAAAGAAGAGCAAGAAAAUUCCCCUUCCUUCUUCUGAAGGACUUUUAAUGAGUACAACAGACAACUUAAGUGCCAUUUCUGUCCCCACCAUCAUUACCACAACCCCAGUGGCAAAGCCAGAGCAACAAAGCUUUGGGAGCAACACUGAAAAGCGACCUGUCUUCAUCUCUGCCAGGACCCCCAUUGUAAUCACCAAAGUCAAAAGGAACAGGUCAAAGGAGAGAGGAGACAGAAAGGAGAGGAAAAAAAGGAGGAAAGUCAGCUCAGCUUCUCCCAUUGUGACUGCUGCCCAUGAAAAUUCCUCAGUGGACAAUCUGAAAGUGAUCCCUCUCACUGGGGCUCCCACCGUACCAUCGGUGCCCACCACACAGCGGCAGGUUUCACACAGGCUGGACAUUUAUGGAGGGAAGAUGGCCGUCCAAGUUAAGGCUCAAAACUCCUCCUUUAGCGUUUUGAAAAGGCAAAAGUCAAAAGAGAGAGGACUGAGAAGCAGGAGGAGGAAAACAGUCUCGCCUCUUUCAAACGAAAAUCCUCUUUUUCAUUACAGCUCUGAAAAUGUGCUUCCUGUUCUUCCAACUCCAGAGACGAUUGAUGCUUUAAGCAGCCCUGCAUCCACGGCUGCAAUUAGCAGGCCUACAGAAGAAACAGAUACCCACAGUGAAUGGAGGCUUUUGACCACUAUCACAGCAGCCCCUUCUAUCAUUACGAAACAAUACAGGCAGACAAUCAGAAAACCAAGAAAGGAAGCCUUGCCUGCGGCUCUCAGUGAUGGAGUUUCUAUCCCUAAGACCAAACAAUCACCAAUGACAUUUAUAACCACGCCAUCCAUAGUUGCCUCUACUGAAGAGCUCAAUCUACAGAGGUCUGAGAAGCCCCGCAUGACCACCUCAGCAAUUGUCACCAUGAGUCCAAUUCAGUUAUCUAUUGAGAGAGCAAAAGCACAAUACACCAGGAAGAAGAGAAGGAAAGCAGCACUGUCUAUUAGACAUAAGUGAGUCAUGUGGUGCAAGCAUGGCAGGAUUGGCUAAAGCUGAUGAUACACGGUGCAAUUUGAGCAGUGUUGCUGGGCAAUGUUGCUGGUGGCAAGUCCGACUAUGUUUUGAACAGAUAGUGGCAGGGCGGGUGGCGGAGCGGGGGGGAAGGGGAUUACAGUAGUAAUCUUUACUCAUUACCACUGAUGCUAACAUUGCCCAGCACCAUUGCUCUAAAAGUUGCUCUGUGUAUCAUCAGCUAAAAACUUUAGCAACUUAGCUGGCUAGGCUAGCUCCUGUCAAUCAGAUACACUUGCUACACAAUGUGUUAAAUGCUAUCAAAAGCAUUUACAGUAUAAUCUUUUCUGGUUCAGCAUUUAAAUCAGAUUGACAAAAAUCAUAUUUGAUUGUAAUGUGAGAAUCGUGUUUUGUAAUACUCUAUUGCAUGCAUAUUAAAAUUUCUGAAUGAUUA